GCAGGCUGCUUUUGAACGAAAACAAGAACGGUUCGAAGGCAGACUUUCCCAAGAACUACAUGCCCUUCUAGUUCUAGGAAACAGCCAAAGGAACUAGCAGCAGCCGAGGACGAAAUUCUGCCAACACCUGCCCCUGCCCCUGCACCGUGAGGGCCUCGCUGAGAAGGAGGGGGAAGGUGGGACUUCCCUCCCUCAAGCGACCUCUGCGUCUGUUGACAGUCCUGCGUUGGUGGCAGCUGAAGAGCCGCUACGUCCUGGAUUUCUCCGCUGAUCGUCCGGCUCGGGAGGCUUCGGCUUUCAAAAAUCUGUGAAGUCUGAACAAGCAGCCUUCCCAAGAUGUACCGAAUAUCUCCACUGAUGUCAACACCGGUGGCAAGUCAAUGUUCCUCCGGGUCCAAGAGAGAAUCUGCUGGAGAGCUGUCUCCCACGUGCAUUUUCCCAAGCUUUGCCUGUGAUUUCCUGGCUGGUGACAGUUCCUUUGGCUGCUGCUCCCUGGAUCCCCUGACAGGCUCCUACCUUCCCUGUCGCCGAAGUCCCAGGCUCCUCACCAAUGGCUACUACAUUUGGACAGAGGACAGUUUCCUCUGCGACAGAGAUGGCAACAUCACACUGAGCCCAUCCCAGACCAGUGUGAUGUACAAAGAGAACUCAGUUAGGGUAUUUAGGAAGAAAAAGAGAGCCCGCCGCUCCUUCUCUUCUCUCCUCCGCCUCGGGGCCCCUAGAUCCUGGCUGCAGGGAAGCAUCUUCGGGGAUGCCGACUCGUCCCCGGGCGAGGCCAUCUGGCUGGAGGGAGCCAGCAGGCUGGACGCGCACCCUUGCAGCGACAGUGGCGGUGAUUGUGACUGUGCGCCGACUGAUGACUGGGCGUCGGAGCGGCCGGAUGCACAGUCCGUGGCGGCCUCCUCCUCCGGCCACGUCACGCCUGAGACUCCCAGAAAAGACCCCCUCCGAGGGACCCUGCAGCCCCGGGGGACGGCUGCUGAGCAUCUCCAAGGGGGCAUUUUGGAUCAUUCAAAAACCAGUUUGUUGGGAGAGAUCUCCUUUCAAACAGUUCUGCUUGCUGCGUGCUUGGCCAUGUCUGCAUGUGCGAGGUGGCUCCUGGGAGGACUGCUAGCCGGUGUCUGCGCGUGCUCCUUGACCGUCACGAUUGCCUAUGUUGUCAAGUCCCUGCUGCUCAGCCUUGCCAGCUACUUCAAAGCCGGGCCCUGCGCUCGACGUAGGUUUGCCAAAAUCUGACGACCAUUCAGGCGUGCCUGUGAUGAAUGUCUUCAAUCUGAAUAUCCGGAAAUUGUCCCAUUUGCAGUCUGCUUGGAAUCAACUGCUUUACUGGAAGGGAGUGAGCGACUGGACACUCGGGAAAAACCAUUUUCAUUGGGUUAUGUGUGUGUGUUUUUUAAAAAAAAACCCUGUUUUGCCCUCGUGAAAUUGUACUGUGUUUGUGAAAACAAUAUUAAUUCAUCUUUCCGUCGCAAAUACUAGCCGUGGGAAAGGGAAGCACUGGGAAAGGUGGCAGAGGAGAGGCCACCCGGGUAAAUAUUGUCCUGUUAUUCCCUGAGGCCGUGGUGCUCACACGUGAAUUAUCAACAGGGGAUUCUACGGGGAGCUUGUGACAAUGCAGAUUCCCGGGCCUGCCCACACGGGCCCGCCCUCCGCUCAGCUGCCUUAGUUGAAUAGUGAAAGCAAGUUUACAGAACCAACACCAACAUGGACGUAAUUAAGUGCAGUUUAUACUUAAAAUCUAACGUAGAAAACGUCAGCAUUUUUCUUAAAGGAGUGGCUCAGGAUUGGGGGGUGACCGUGGAUGAUGGUUGACGGAAAAGGGGCAGGACAGAGCCAUUUUUUUGGAAGGUACAUUCUUCUUUUAACUUUUAUUUUUAAUGGAAUUUAUUGGGGUGACACUGGUUGAUAAGAUUAUAUAGGUUUUAGGUGUGCAAUUCUAUAAUACAUCAUCUGUAUAUAGUACUGUGUGUUCGCCACCCCAAGGUCAGGUUGGAAGGUAUAUUCUUAUUUUGAACCAUUUUUUUUUUUUUUUACCAAGUUUUCACCCUUCUUGGGGUUCCUGAGAACCUUUCACUAAAAUUGCUCUUACAAUAAAAACACAGAAAAACUGCUUUAGGGCAAAACAAAGGCCAAACCCCAGAGUGCUGGGAAAGAUGGAAAGAUGGUGCCGUUGCGAAACCAAUGAGGGUUGCCGACGCGCCUCUCCACCCCGCCUGCUUGGGGCAUGUUCCCAAAUGUGUCAGGCAGUUCACUUGUGUUCUAUAUGGAAUUCUCUGUCUAGAAACUUAUGUGGAGAAAUUUGUCUUUGCUUAAAAUGGUAAUGUCAAAAUAUCACUGUUAUGUCAUUUGUAUUUAGUGCAUUUGGGGUUGAAAAAUCCUAUAUAAUAAAGAGGUAAUA